GUAUGAUGUAGAAUUCCCUUUAGAUGGCACUAUCAAACAGCUUAAGGAACAUCUAAGUUCAAUAAUCAAUGUAUUACCAGCAAUGCAGAAAGUAAUGAUUAAAGGUCUAGCAAAGGAUGAAAAGACCUUACGAGAGCUAGGUGUGACCCGAGGCUCCAAGGUCAUGAUUGUGGGGUCCAAGUUAGAUGACGUCGUCAAUGUCAAUACUCCAAAAGCUGAGAGUACUUCUUCUGAGAAGCCAAGUACCUCGACCUCCACAAAAGAACCUCUCAGCAGACAAAAGAUCCAUCGCAAAAUUCUGGAUAAGGGGCUUCCAGACGAUGUUAUGCCGGGCAUAAAGAACAACAAGGAAUUAUUGCCUUCAUAUCCCCUAUCUGGGAUGCUGAACAAGCAUGGAGGAAAAGUACGACUAACAUUCAAAUUAGAAUUGGACCAAUUAUGGAUUGGCACUAAGGAACGAACAGAGAAGAUCAACAUGAAUCACAUUCGUCAAAUUGUCUCCGAAGCUAUAGAAGGCCAUGAACAAUAUCACAUUAUGGGUUUACAAUUAGGACCUACAGAAGCCUCGCGAUACUGGAUCUACUGGGUUCCUGCGCAGUAUGUGGAUGCCAUCAAAGAUACUGUUCUUGGCAAGUGAACUCUACACUGUUGUGAGACUGGGGCAGGAGGAACUGCCUCUGAAUCUCAGAAGGAAGAGGACAUUUUCCCCCAAGGAAGUCGAUGGGUAAGGACAGCGAAGGGCGUUCUUGGCCCCUGUGUGAAGAUCGGACAGGAAAUUAUACUUCUAGUUUUUUUCAGUGCACAAGUUGCAGAUAGCGUAAUUUCCUAUGCUGUGCUUUUUGCUUGAUUUUGUAUUUCUGUGUUUUUGAGGGGGAAGGGGGUAGAUCAAAGUUUACCAAAUUUAUCUUUAUUAUUUAGUAAGUAUCAUGUGUUCCUGUUAAUUUUGUUACUAAUUUAAUAACCAGGUAAACCUGGAUGCCAUUUCUUAAAUACCCUGUAAUGUAUAAACAAGAAUAAACAUGCAGUUGUUUUGAGUUGCAAAGAAACAUGUCUAUAAUUAAAUGGUUCAAAGUCAUUAUUGCCCCCCCUUUCAAGAUCACGAUUACCCAGGAGGAGUCAGAAUGUUGGAAUGCUGAUAUAGGGAAGACUUGCUCACUUUAUUAUUAAAAAAUAAACAGUAGUUGAUCUAAAGGAAAGCUUUUACUGCUCUGUUUUUCUAUAUGCAGGUUAAGUGUUGAUAAUUUGACGUAGCCUCCUGGUAGCCUCUUACAGUUUAUGCAGUGAUGCAUUUAUUUUGUUUUAUUUUAUGUAACUAAUUGAUUACCAUUUUUUGUUAAUGUCGUCAUUGUUAUUUGCUCACUUACUGUCAUUUGCUUAUUGAAUUUUUAUGGAAUUUUUAUUAUUUAUUUAAUUGUUAUCAUUGUUAUUAUUAUUAUUUUUUUUUUUGUUAUUGUUACUACUACUACUAUUAUUAUUACUAUUAUUUUGUUGAUACAGCUUAUCUCAGCUUCUGCAAUUUUUGACAUUUUGCAUCACAACCACAAAAGACCUGCUUUUUUUUCAAGCCAUGUAUAUUAUAUCUAACCAACAAAAUCAAUAAACGGACACAUCACAGAGAACAUCAAAUACAGAGUUAAAAUCAGAUAUUUUACAUGCUUAAUCUCUCAGUUCCUUCACAUCACAGUGGUUCUCUGUGCAUUGUCUGAGAAUCGGAUAUUAUAUAUUACUCUUCGGCACUAGCUCCACUCGGUCAUACGUAAUGUACUAGUAGAUGUUUACCUGCUGUGUGCCUUAUCCAUCAGGUAACGAUAUGCAUUUAUUCAUCACAGCAUUUCUGCAAGGGUAAUUUUUAGUCACUAGGGAAUUUCCUAACAUAUCAGGAAGGAUUAUGAUGAGGCUGUGUCUUUUUGUAUUGCUUUACAUUUAAUGAUAAAAUAAAAUGGAAAAAAAAGAGCAA